ACCAGCGCUCUGGCUGGGCUCAGAGUCCAGACACUGCAAGCAGGAGAACUUCAGCCAUGCCCACCAAAGCCUCCCCCCUGCCACUCACCACCAGCCCCAAGAACAGCAGCUCCGUCUACGACUAUGAUUACCUGGAGGAUGUGACCGUCUUGGUCUGCAAGAAGGAUGAGGUCCUUUCCUUUGGGAGAGUCUUUCUGCCUGUCAUCUACAGCCUGAUCUUUGUGCUGGGCUCGGCUGGGAACCUCCUCCUCCUGGUGGUACUUCUCCGCUACACACCGCGAAGACGGAUGAUCGAGCUCUACCUGCUGAACAUGGCCAUCUCCAACCUCUUGUUUGUAGUGACGAUGCCCUUCUGGGCCAUCUCUGUGGUCUGGCACUGGGUUUUUGGCAGUUUCAUGUGCAAGGUGGUGAGCGUUCUCUACACGAUUAACUUUUACAGCGGCAUCUUCUUUAUCACUUGUGUGAGCCUGAACAAAUACCUGGAGAUCGUUCAUGCCCAGCCUCUCCACAGACCGCAGACCCGGUCCAGGAACCUGCUCCUUAUUGCCGCAGUGUGGACCAUGGCCCUGGCCAUCUCUGUCCCAGAGAUGGUCUUUGUCAAGGUCCACCAGACCUCAGAUGGCAUGUGGCACUGUUACGCAGAUUUUGGUGGACACGCGACCGUUUGGAAGCUCUACCUGCGCUUCCAGCAGAACCUUCUGGGGUUUCUCCUCCCACUCCUGGCCAUGGUCUUUUUCUACUCCCGCAUCGGCUGUGUUUUGGUCAGGCUGAGGCCACCAGGCCAGGGCCGGGCUCUGAGGAUGGCCGCAGCCCUGGUGGUAGCUUUCUUCCUGCUCUGGUUCCCGUACAACCUCACCGUGUUUCUGCACUCGCUCUUGGACCUGCACGUCUUCGGGAACUGCCAGAUCAGCCACUCUCUGGACUACACGAUGCAGGUGACGGAGAGCCUGGCCUUCUUCCACUGCUGCUUCACACCCAUCCUCUACGCCUUUUCCAGCCCCCGCUUCCGGCGGUAUCUGAAAGCUCUCCUGGCUGCCGUGCUGAGAUGGCACCGGGACCCUGGCCCUGCCCAGGCCCUGCCAUCUAGCCAUUCGGAGAGCAGCAGGGUUACUGCCCAAGAAGAUGUGGUCAGUAUGAAUGACCUGGGAGAGAGGCAGGCUGAUGACUCCCUUAACAAGGGGCAUACGGGGACUGAUCAGGCCUGAGUGGCUGGGCUGCGCCAUUCCGGAAAGAACACUGCUCCCUCUCAGGGCCCUCAUGACUGCACUGCUUGGUCCCGUGAUUCUCAACCACCAGCGGUUCUUGCUCACGGCUGCCCCCUCCUCCAUCUCCCUGGACCCCAUGCUGUCUGCUGAUUCGCUGCAAUGGUCCCCAUGAUCUUUGCUUCUGUGGCUUUCUGGGCCCCCAGCAGCCAGUGAGGUCAUUCUA